AUGGCCGACGAGCCUAUCAGCGCAGCGGCCGCUAUAAUUGCGGUAAAUGAUGAUGAGCGUCAGAUUCAAUUUACGGAGACGGAGGUCGAUGCAUUCGCGCGGAAAGUGGAAGAUAAAGUGACUGACCUCGUGGGUGGUCUCUCCAACUGGUGGAGUGGCGUUCAGUCGCAGUCGAUGAGCGCACUUCAAAUGGCCAAGGAUCAUAUUGACCAAAGUGGCGGUGUUGUUAAUGCGGCGCGCUCAGAGAUUACCAAGUGGGACGCGCAGUUGCAGUCACAUAGUGACCGCGCGCGGGAGCUUUCGCGAUCUACAGCUGAGCCAUUGAGUGAUGGUAGCCCUUUUGAACUUUCAUCCGAGAAAGAAGAAGAGGCGCAAGCAUCAUCUAUGUCUCUGAAGGAAACACCCGUGUCAGUAUCGCCGGAGAGAGGCAGCAUCUGGCAAUUGCUAGAGUCGCAUGCAUGGAACUCGUUCCGCCAGCUCGCCGCUCACUCCCAGGUGGAGCGAAUCCAAUCGCAACUAACUUCGCUAGCGCAGCAUGGAACAGACUCGAAUACAGGACUUCAUUCCACACUCAAGGAUGCCGACUCGUUGGCCCGCAAGUAUAUACACUCGGGUGAGAGUAAGUUACAAACUGUUAGCAAGGAUUUCCAAGCCCUCGUGCACGACAUUAUGCAGAAAUCAUCAACAAAGAAAGACGUGAUCGAACCAUCGAGUACAGGUGCGCCUAUCUUGCCUGCAGAAACGACAGGGACCGAGUCGCUACAUGUUGUUGGUGGGGACGAUGAUGACGACUUUGUAUGGGAUGAUGAUAAUAGCGAUGAUGAUACAUUGGCCGUGACGGACAACGCGCAUUCAGACCUGCUUUCUACUGGUACAGUGCCUGCAUCUACAUCCGGCCCAAAGCAGUUACCUGCCCCCACUGCGUCUGCCCGGGUCCCAAUAGAUUUCGAUUCCGACUGGGAAUAG